CUUAGUUUCAAUAUUGAUCCUGUGGCUUGGAAGACCCUGAGGAACUCUGCUGCUGGUUUUGGCUACCAGGUGGUUCAAAGACAAUCAGAUUUGCUUGUCAGUGCCCCACUUGAACAGUAUUCACAAAACAGAAAGGGGAAAAUAUACAGGUGUACCAUCUCUGGUGAAAACUGCCUAAAUAUACAAUUUCGAGAGCCAGAUUUUGCUAUCAACAUGUCUCUUGGUUUGACAAUGAAAAGUGAUCCUGGAACCCAAAAUGCUGUGGCAUGUGGUCCAACUAUUCCAAAGGACUGCAAAAGUAUCACCAUGUACAGGGGAGUGUGCUUUCAAAUAAACCGUUCCAAUAGAUUUGAGCGUCCCAUACCACCUUCUGUCAAAGAAUGCCCGCUACAAGCAGACAUUGCUUUUCUGUUGGAUGGUUCAGGGAGUGUACAUAGCGAAGAUUUUCAAACAAUGAAGACCUUUGUGAAAAAUCUGGUUCAGUCUUUUCUCUCAAGUGAUACAAAGUUUUCUGUUUCCCAGUUCUCUACUUCAUCGAAGGUCCAUUACUAUUUUGAUAAUUUUUUCUCAUCUGGAUCAUGGGAAUCUAACAUUGAUGGAAUAAAACAACUAGACCAAGCAACUUACACAGCUGAGGCCAUCGAACAUGUUGUUUAUCUUGGUUACUCCAUGGCAAUUGCUAAAUCCUGGAGUGGCUCAGUGACAGUUGUUGGUGCUCCAAGAUAUAAACACAGAGGAGCUGUGUUUGCUGUUAACAGAGAUAGCUUUAGAAAUCAAAAGAUUGAGCCCUUUCCAUGGCAGUAUCAGACUGGUGAAUAUUUCGGGGCAGAGGUGUGUACCAUGGACAUAAAUAAUGAUGACAUCACUGAGCUAAUCUUCAUAUCAGCCCCAAUGUACAUGGAGCCUGAUAGAGAGGGAAGAGUUUAUGUUUGCAGACUAACUGGUUUGUUUGUGGAGUGUAAUUUUGAUGAUCCAUUAGUACUAAGAGGACGUGCAGCUGUCAAAGGAAGGUUCGGCUCUUCUCUUGCUGUGCUGCCUGAUCUAAACUCAGAUGGAUUCAGGGAUUUGGCAGUUGGAGCACCUUUGGAGAAGGAUGGUGAAGGCAGCAUCUACAUAUUUAAUGGCGAAGGAGGAGGAAGAAUCAGUCUUACUUACUCACAGAGAAUUACUGGCUCUGAGGUCCAGUCAGGACUGAAGUUCUUUGGCCUGUCAAUCAGUCAGUCGUCUUUUGACCACAGUUUUGACGGACUGCCUGACUUAGCGGUGGGCUCAAAAGGCAAAGUUGUUUUAUUGAGAUCAAGACCCAUAGUAAUGGUGAAAGCUGAGGUGUCAUUCAACCCAAACCAAAUCCCUACUCAGAAUGAAGGCUGUUCAAAACCAUUGGAGAACACAGCUACAGUCUGCUUCACCAUGAGCAGAGUGUCUGCAGUCAACACAGCUCAAGCAGUGAUUAAUUAUACUAUAACACUGGAUGCCACACGUAAACCUCCAAACAACCGAGCUUAUGUCAGUGGGAAACAACAAGAACGAUCUGGAUCAGUAAUUGUGGUCUUAAGAAGACAACAGUGUUCAACUCUAAAGUUACUUAUUGAGUUAGGGUUUGACAUCAACUGUGGCACUGACAACAAAUGUGUUGAUAACCUUAAAGUGGAUUUUACGUUCACCAGAUCCUCAGAGGUUAAAGUGGGCAUUGAUGAGCUUCUGAAUGUCACAGUCACAGUGGAGAACAGAGGAGAAAACUCCUACAACAGCCGUGUUAUUCUCACGUACCCAGCUGGACUCUCAUACAGGAAGUUCACCAUUCAGCAGGGAAGAAUUGGGUGCAACUCUUUGGACAGUGAAGAUGGUUUAUCACGAGGAAGGACAGACUGCACUAUCCACAAACCAAUUUUCAAGAGCAAAACUAAGGCUUCCUUCAUUGUCUCCUAUGGGAUUGACACCAACAGUCAACUUGAGAGGAAGCUCUUUGUCACUGCAAAUGCCACCAGUGGAAAUCAGGAGCAUGCCACUACAAAUGAACUCUAUAAAAAUAAAUCGAUUGAUGUGAGAUAUAGCAUUUUUAUGACAUUUGAAAGCUCUCUCAGCUACAACAAUUUCACAUUUGGGAGGAGUGAUUUGCAGAAACCAGUCCAGCAAUCAAUUAAGAUUACAAAUGAUAUCAGAGCACUUAAUUUCACUGUGGUGAUCAGGGUUCCAAUGAAGCUUGGCAAAAAAGACAUUUGGGUGAAUUUGAUCAGUCUACAGAUUGCAGACUGUCAGAGAGGAAUUGACGAAGAACCACCUGUCAAAACUUUUGUUUCUCAGAUCAGAAAAAAUAAGGUGGUGGACUGCUCUGUAGCCAAGUGCAGAGUGUUUAAGUGCAACACUUUCAUGGGAAUACGGGAGAGUAGGACGUAUCAAAUCUCUGCCAACCUCAGUUCAGGAUGGAUAGAGCAGAUUGGGCUUCAGUCUGCCAAAUUCCUCUUGACCAGCACUGCCAGUCUGGAGUAUGACAAAAACCAGUACAUCUACUUUUCAGCAGCGUCUGACAACAAUCCUCCUGUUCACAAGAUUGAUGCAGACGUAGAAGUGUAUCCUAAGCCAAAUUUCACCAAAGCGAUCAUUGGAGGAUCCCUGGGAGGGUUGGGUUUUCUAGCUUUACUCACCGCUAGCCUGUAUAAGGCUGGAUUUUUCAAGAGUAAAUACAAACAGAUGAUAAUUGAAAUUACAGAAGAUGAUCCAGGGACGGCUGCAGGUGCACCCUCAGCAGAGUAACAAAGAUGGCAUUUGUAGCUGUACAUCUGAUUUGAACGACAGAUGUAGACCAUCCUGAUAAUUUCAGGGGUGAACAUGGUGUGUAGAAAUGUACAUGCUACCACAUUUGAUUAAUUAAACAGACAACAGCUUGCUGUGUUUCAAAUCACUCCCUUGCCUAGUCAUUUGCUAUGAUCUGUAACAAAGGUUCCUACCUGGUGGUGAGGAUCCUCAAGACUCAGGACCAUAAAACUGGAGCACCUAUUGUAAAUAAGAAACCACCACUAGAUAUUUUUCUUAAGAGGAUAUAUUUAUGUAGAUUUUCAAGCCUGUAAGUCCAGCAAGAAAGAUUAGGCCUUUAAAAUCAAAUCG